UUUCUCUGGUAAAAGCGUAAAAGAGAAACAAAAAGCUGAGGACCUCCCCAAACUUUGCAAACAUGCAAAUUCACCACCACCCGCUUUUGCAGCUCUUCCCUCAAUCACCACUCCCCAAUGCCUAAACUUUAAGCAACCAUCUCUCUAUCCACCAAUCCAUCCCCAACAACAAAAUUAGAAACAAACCCCAAUUCCUCCAUUCCUCCAAAAAUCCAAAAAAAUAAAAAUAAAAAAUAAGAAAAGGAAUUCCCACCCUAUUCUCAUACCCAUUUCCAUUUCCAUUUCCAACACCCCAUCUCAAAACAACCCCAUUUUCCCCAUCAAAAUCCCUCCUUUCUCCAAACCCACAUCCUAAUUCCCUCAAAUCAAAGUGAAGAAAACUGAACCCACCAAAAGAGAAUCAGAUUGUAGCUUCCCACCUUCAAUGUGGCGACCGUGGGGUAAAUCAACGGUUAGAAUUCAUAGCGCAUCUUCAUCACCCUCUUCCACAUUCUCUUGUUCAUCGUUCAAAGACAUUCAAAGUCUUUGCCUUGACGAACCCCCACAACAACCACAGCACCACCCUUCACCUUCCCUCUCAAGAAAACCCUCCGUUUUCCACCGAGUCCGACUCGCCAACUCGCUCCUCCGAACCUGGUCAACUCACCUCCAUCUCCACCCCCAACACCAACCCCAGCCUCCCAAAUUACCCAGAACCCUCUCCACACCCGAAUCCGAACCUCUAGCCGAACCAGCACCCGAUGACUCAAAGAGCGACCCUUCGCCUCCGAUUUAUUUUCCUGGCGCGGAACAGCGCGUGGUGGUCUACUUCACCAGCCUGCGCGUGGUGAGGCCCACGUUCGAGGCCUGCAAGAGCGUGCUCUCCAUUCUGCGCGGGUUCCGGGUUCAAAUAGACGAGCGUGACGUGUCCAUGGACUCGGGCUUUCUCACCGAGCUGGGCCGGAUCAUGGGCCGGGCCGGGCCCAGCCUCCCCCGCGUUUUUAUUGGUGGUCGGUACGUUGGUGGGGCCGAGGAGGUGAGGCAACUGCACGAGGUUGGCGAGCUCAAGAAGCUCCUCGAAGACCUGCCCGCAGUGGAUCCCAACGAAUGCCACGUGUGCGCGGGUCACAGGUUCGUCCUGUGCGACGAGUGUAACGGUAGCAGGAAAGUCUACACCGACAAGUCUGGCUUCAAAACGUGUAAUACAUGCAACGAAAACGGUCUUGUUAAGUGCCCCUCUUGUCUUGCUUCCGCACCCCUUUUUUCAUGAAAUCCAUUUCAAUCCAUUAUUUUUUAUAUAUAAAUUGUUUAGUCUUUUUUUUUGGAUACUGAGUUUUUGUAGUUUUUUGUGGGCUUUAAGAAUAUGUAUAGGCCCACCAUCUGGGGGAUCGUAGAUAGAUACAAUGUGUGCAGUAUCUCCAUCUCCAUCUCUAUCUCCCUAUGGAAGGGCAAUAUUUUCAAGACCAUUUAUUAGCUGACUUGUUUUUUUCACUCAAUCACAUUGUACUCUUUUUUGA